AAAAGUUUAAAUUUUCAGUUGACCAAUAAAUUAAUUUAUUAUCUUUGUUUGCUUGGUUUUAAAAUUUAGUGAGCGUUUGUGGGAGAAACCGAACCCAUGAUCUUAAUAGAUUGACGCACAGCGUUUAUGCUAUUUGAGUUAUAGAUGGUAAUCUGCAGGAAAAAACAGUUUCUAAUAGUCAGUGGAAUUAAUCUAAUGGGAGGAAGAAGCUCAAAAGGGUCAAGUGGGAGAAGUAUUUCAUCUCAUGGUUCAGCAAAUUCAUCAUCAUGGAAUCAAUAUAACUAUGCAGAAGCAACACCAUAUCCAUCAACUUCUCAGCAAAAUCCUUAUUACACACCUCAGCAUCCUCAAGCCUCUACUUCUUAUGGAUAUGAGCCAGAGAGGCCUCAUCCUCAGAAAAGAUUGGAUAGGAAAUACUCCAAAAUUGCUGAUGAUUACAAGACUUUGGAUCAGGUCACUGCUGCUCUUGCUCAAUCUGGUCUAGAGUCUUCUAAUCUCAUUGUUGGCAUUGAUGUAACAAAAAGCAAUGAGUGGACAGGUGCAAGAUCAUAUAAUCGGCGAAGCUUACAUCACAUCAGCAACGGGCAAAAUCCAUAUGAACAGGCGAUAUCAAUUAUUGGCAGGACUUUGUCUGCAUUUGAUGAGGAUAACUUAAUUCCUUGUUAUGGAUUUGGAGAUGCAUCAACUCAUGAUCAAGAUGUUUUUAGUUUUUACCAAGAUGAAAGAUUCUGCAAUGGAUUUGAAGAAGUCUUAACACGUUACAGAGAGAUUGUUCCCCAACUUCGACUUGCAGGACCAACAUCUUUUGCGCCCAUUAUUGAGAUGGCCGUUACAAUUGUUGAGCAAAGUGGCGGACAAUAUCACGUUCUGCUAAUAAUCGCUGAUGGUCAGGUGACAAGGAGUGUCGAUACACAGCAUGGUCACCUCAGUCCCCAAGAGAAAAAUACGAUUGACGCAAUUGUCAAAGCAAGUGAAUACCCUUUAUCGAUAAUCUUAGUUGGUGUUGGCGAUGGGCCAUGGGACAUGAUGAGAGAGUUUGAUGAUAACAUCCCUGCUCGAGUCUUUGAUAAUUUCCAAUUUGUGAACUUUACAGAAAUAAUGUCAAAAAACAUAAAUCAAUCCAGAAAAGAGACAGAAUUUGCUCUUGCAUCAUUGAUGGAAAUACCUGCUCAGUACAAAGCAACUAUUGAGCUUGGGAUGUUGGGUCGACGGACAGGGAAUUGUCCAGAACGGGUUCCUCUGCCCCCACCACUUCGUGGAGCAUCUUCUUUCAGCAACAGCCCGAAAACUUCCCGGUCAAGCAGUUUUCAGCAACGUAUACCUUCUCAUUCUGGUCAUGAUGCAUCGAUGCCUUCUUAUUCCCGAUUCAAUGCAUCAGUUCCUUCUUAUUCUCCCGAGCGUGACAACCCGCUAGUUGCUCGAUAUGAUACGCCAGUCAACACGACUCCAUAUUCAAGUUCUACUUAUGAUAACCAGGUUUGCCCCAUUUGUCUCACUAAUCGAAAGGACAUGGCAUUUGGCUGCGGACAUCAGACUUGUUGUGACUGUGGAGAAGACCUUCAAUUAUGCCCCAUCUGUCGAAGCUCGAUAGAGACCAGAAUCAGGCUCUAUUAAUCAUCUACAUUCCAAAUAUCUGAGAUUUGUCUCUAUGGCUGUUGAAACUUGGUUCAGUGAAAACUGAAUCGAAAUCUCUAAUUUUCGAUAGGCAAAGACAGGUUAGGAGGCUGUUCCACAGUGUGAAUUUCUGUCAGGACUCAGGAGUGUAUAAUAUUUUGGAAGAUACAUUUCCUGGCAUGGAACAAGAGGAAAUUCAAGCUGCAUUGAAAUUUCAUUUAUGUACAUAUCUAUCAUGUUCAAAUUUUUGAGAGAAGAUUUGAUUCAACAUUAUGACUGAUUCUUCGUCACCAAAGCUUCUUUUUAAUGGUUUACGUGUAUCAGAAGUUAUCUGUUGAAAAUUCUUUCCUUGAGAGUUGAGAUUGUGAUUAGGUUUGAAUUUUUGAAUUUACUUCCUUUUUCGUAUUUUAGAAACUUUCAAGUAUAUAUUUGUUUGAUUUGUAAUACUCGUAGAAAAGUCAAGUUGAUUGUGUUUCUGGCAUUUAAUUCGGAUUUAAUGUAUGCAAUUCACCUGUCUA